UGUCUCCUGUAUCAGAAACUUUAUAAGUAGCCUUCCGCAGGAGGAUUACUCCGUCCUCCAUAACCAUUGGAACAAAGUCUCCUGUCUUGCCGAGUGAAUCCAAUAUCGAGGCCAACAAGAAACGAAAGAUUAUUCUACGCAUAGUAGCCACAAGGACGAAGUGUCUCUAAACACUCCGGAUCAGAUACAAUGCUUGAAACCUCAAAAAUACCCAACUCAGAUGAUACUGAUGAUUGUUCCCCGGGAUCUUUUACCCCAAUAGCAGUAUGUGGAAUGGCACUGAGGCUUCCAGGCGGGAUAAGCAACCCCGCUGAGUUCUGGGAGUUCCUCCUAGCCAAAGGGGAUGCGCGCUCACGUGUCCCACGUUCUCGGUAUGAUAUUGAAAGCCACUAUUCUAAGUUUGACAAGGAUGGUUUGAUCAACACUGAAUAUGGGUACUACCUGGAUUACAACCCCGGAGACCUCGAUACAUCCUUUUUCAGCUUUACCAAAGCCGAGCUUGAGUACAUAGACCCCCACCAACGUCAUCUGCUGGAAGUGGUGAAGGAGUGCUUUGACAGCGCCGGCGAAGCCAACUAUCGUGGUAAGAAUAUCGGCUGCUACGUCGGCUCGUUCAGCGACGACUGGACCGAGAUUCUCUACCAUGAUCUGCAGAUGUAUGGCAAGUAUCCGCUCGCUGUGGGCGGUGACUUCGCAGUCCCCAAUCGGAUCUCUUUCGAGUACGACCUUCGUGGUCCGAGCAUGAGUGUGCGGACAGCUUGCUCCUCGGCCAUGGUAGCCUUGGACCAAGCGUGCGGAGCUAUGGCCCGAGGGGAAUGCGAUGCGGCCAUCGUUGGUGGCGCUCAAUUUAUCCUCUCCCCAACCAUGACCGGCAUCAUGUCGGCUAGAGGGGUGCUGUCCGCAGAUGGCGCCUGCAAGUCCUUCGAUGCCGCCGCCGAUGGCUAUGGGCGCGGCGAAGCAAUCAAUGCAGUAUACCUCAAACCACUUGCGGCAGCUGUUCGAGAUCGAAAUCCAAUACGUGCCAUAAUCAGAGGCAGUGCAACAAAUUCCGAUGGCAAAUCGGCCGGCUUUACGGUUCCUAGUUCCGAAGCCCAGCAGGUGUUGAUCAAACAGGCUUAUCAGGUUGCUGGUAUCAAAGACCUCUCCCAAACACCCUACGUCGAGUGUCAUGGAACUGGAACUUCCGUGGGUGAUCCCAUCGAGGCAAUGGCGGUCGCCAAGACCGUGGGCGAGCAAAAGAUUUUCAUCGGAUCAGUGAAGCCAAAUGUUGGACAUUCCGAGGGUGCAUCUGGCCUCACCUCGUUUAUCAAGGUUGUUUUGGCCCUGGAAAACCGUACCAUUCCACCAAACAUCCGAUUCACUACCCCGAAUCCGAAGAUACCCUUCCGUGAUGGAGGCCUGACGGUGCCAACAGAGCCAGUACCCUGGCCAGGAGACCGCUUUCUUCGAGCGGGCGUAAACAGCUUUGGGCUCGGUGGUGUCAAUGUUCACACUGUUCUAGAGUCAGCCGACAGUGUGACCCCGGCACAUUCUCCAUGUAAGGACAGCCAUCGUGGGCCAUCUUUGCUAUGUUUCUCGGCGAACACGCCCGAGUCUCUAGCAGAAGUCGUCAAGAGAAACCACGCCUAUUUGGAACUUCAUCCAGAGUCUCUUCCUGACCUUGCAUACACUCUAGCAGCCAGAAGGGCCCACCUCCCUUUUCGAGCCGUAUCCAUUGUCUCGGAAGAGAAGUUGAUACAAACAUCGGUUUUUCCGCGCACACCGGCCCAACGACCAGAUAUCGUGUUCGUGUUCACUGGGCAAGGCGCACAAUGGCCCGGGAUGGGUGUUCUAUUGUACGAGGCCAAUCGUACCUUUCGACGGUCUCUACAGGAGUCUGAUCGAGUUCUUCGUGGGUUGCCCGAAGCUCCUCCGUGGUCCAUUGUUGAAGAAAUUCACAAGCUAUCUGAGGAUAGCAACCUGCACAAGGCAUCUUACUCGCAGCCAAUCUGCACGGCAAUUCAGGUCGCGUUAGUGGAUGCUCUUUCCGAGCUGAAUGUUAUACCUGCUGCAGUGCUGGGCCAUUCAUCCGGCGAGUUAGCAGCGGCUUAUGCGGCCGGAAAAUUGACGGCCAGGGAAGCCAUGAUAUGUGCUUUCUAUCGUGGUCUGGUGUCCGAGGAAGUGGAUCUAGAUGGUGCAAUGUGUGCGGUGGGCAUGGGAACACGAGAAACUUUGGCCUUCCUUAGACCCGGGGUGGUCAUUGCCUGUGAGAAUUCUCCCGACAGUGUCACCAUCUCUGGCAACUCGGUAGCGGUGGGAGAAACGAUGAGUGCAAUUCAAGCCUCGCAUCCUGGGGUACUGGUGCGACGCCUCCGAGUGGACACGGCCUAUCACUCGCCACAUAUGGUCCAGGUAGGAGAGAGAUAUAGGUCUUUCAUGGAUCAUUACUUGUGCAAGGAAGACCCUGAUGUGCCCCCGAGGUCGGUUAUCUUCGCCUCUGCCGUGAGAGGACGAGUGCUCCCACUUUCUGUAACCCUUAAUUCCGAGUAUUGGCAGGAGAAUCUGGAGUCACCCGUUCGCUUUCUCCAGGGCUUCCAAGCUAUUACCGACAGCUUCAAACGACCCCUUUUGUUCCUCGAGCUCGGCCCACACUCGGCCUUGGCUGGCCCAAUUCGUCAGAUGCUUGACAAGGAAUCGUUAAAUCACCAGUAUCUCUCUUGUCUCUCCAGGUCCAGACCCUGUGAUGAAUCGUUCCUCACUCUGGUCGGCGAGCUCUUUGCUGUGGACCAACUGCUGGAUUUUCACACACUAACCGACCCGGACAGAGCUGCUAUGGUUCUUCAUGACGUCCCAACAUAUGCCUGGCAUCACCCCACCUCAACCAUCUAUGAGCCUCGAAGCAUCAAAGACUGGAAAUGGGCGAAGUUCCCCAGGCACGAGCUGCUCGGAACACGGGUGACUUACAGCACCGACAAUCAGCCGAGCUGGCGCAACGUGCUGUUUCAUGGCCACGUGCCUUGGCUCCAAGAUCACCGCGUCACGGGAAAUGCGGUAUUUCCUGCGGCCGGCUAUAUCGCCAUGGCAAUAGAAGCCGUACGACAGGUCGAUAGCAAGAAUCUGACGGGAUUUCAAAUCAGACACAUACAGCUGAGCAAUGCCAUGGUCUUGGAUCGAUACACCACAACGGAAGUCAUCACGUCUCUGCGAAAGCGGCCCGACGAGGAUUGCUACGACUUCAAUAUCAGUUCGCACAACGGAGCGGCAUGGGUUGAGAAUUGCUCCGGGCAAGUGCGGCGUGGAGCUUGUUUCCCGCCUUGUCGAGAGCGACAGCCCAAGCAGGAAUUUCCUCGCAAGAUCGACGUGGGCAGAUGGUAUCGGACUCUCAGCGGGGCGGGAGUGGACUACGGGGCAAGUUUUCAGGGCCUCGAAUCCGUCCGCUCCUCGGCUUCCCACCUCGUCGCAUCUACCCAUGUUGGCAACACAUUGGCAGAAACCGCCUACUAUCCACUUCACCCUACCAAACUGGAUGCAUGCUUUCAGACGGUCUAUGCAGCCAGGUAUCAGGGGCUGGACUGGAAGAUUGACCGGCUUCCGGUUCCAACAGAAAUUAGGGAAGUGAACAUCGCAGACUGCUCCGCUGGCCUUGAAUGCACAGCAUGGGCCAAACCACUGCCAAGCGGCGUGAUAAAAACCCGAGGAGAGGCCUUCGCGUCCGAUGGCACGAUGGUCCUGAGUUUCGAGGACACCGUUUUAAGCCCUGUGGGCACCCACCAGCCCGAGGAUGCUGGGUCUGGAACUGGAACCCGACUUCAUUGGGGAAAGGACUUUGCAUUCCUAUCUUUAUCCGACCUUGUUCUGUCCCCGCCAGGCCUCCGAGAAUGCAGAGCUAUCCUAGAUCAGCUCACGAAUGCAUGUGUUAAAACGAGCAUUGCUUAUCUUGAGGAGCUAACGCUUAUCGCAACCUUGCCUCAUAUUCGCCAUUAUCAUGAAUGGCUUCGAGCGCAGCAACACAAUCUUAGUCCGGAUUCAGCAGUUGGGACAUUGGAAGAAAUCGCCAGCCAAGCGGCGGCCACCUCAGCAGUAGCCUGUGCGCAAGCCAUGGUCAAAGUGGUGAAUAACUUCGUCGCCAUCAGCAAGGGUGAAGUCGAUGCACUAGAAUUGCUGAUGAGCGAUAACACUCUUCUGGAGAUGUACAACUACCUGAACAAAGUUGACCGAGGUCCACUUUUCCGGGCGCUUGGUCAUCACCAUCCAGGGCAACGCAUCCUCGAAAUCGGGGCAGGGACAGGUGGAACGACGGCCCAUAUCCUCUCAGAGACAAAAUAUUCUACCUACACCUUCACAGAUAUCUCCGCGGCGUUCUUCCCAGCCGCAAAGGAGCGAUUCAAGGCCUAUCCCAAUAUGUUCUUCAAAACCCUGGAUAUCACCUCAGAUCCCGUCAGUCAAGGUUUCCAACCCGAAGCAUUUGACUUAAUCAUUGCCUCGAAUGUCCUACAUGCAACACCCAGCCUUCACGAUACUCUGGUUCAUGUUCGACGCUUGUUACAUCCCCAAGGAAAGCUCUUACUGGAAGAGCUAUGUGGCGAUAUCAAAUAUGCCAAUAUCGUGACGGGUGUUCUACCAGGUUGGUGGGCUGGAGCAGAGGACGGGCGAGCAAGUGAGCCGUACGUCGGUCCCAUGAGAUGGGAGCAAGAGCUUCAACGCUCCGGAUACAAUGGGUUAGACGACCUGGCCUUCGAUACCGCACCGCCCUUCCACAACAUGGCAUACAUGCUUGCCAGCCCCCGUCAGCCUAGGCCCAUCUCCGAGAAGAGGACAGUCCUCCUUUCCGAUGCAGAAUCGACGCAGACCGCGAUUCUCCUGCAGAAGCAAUUACGCUCGCGCGGAUACGCGGUCGGGAUUCAAACCAUGGGUGAUUCAAUCUCGGUGUCGCAGGAUGUUAUCGUUGUCGUCGACACCGCAGAGCCAUUCUUUCAUGGCAUGAACGCGUCAGAGCUUUCCACUUACCAAGCCUUUCUGCGUGAGCUACAGCGAUGCCACUCUGGAGCACUUUGGGUUACGCGAUGCAGUCAGAUGGGCUGCACCGAUCCUCGCUUUGCAACGACGAUUGGUAUUGCGCGGACUUCGCGUGCAGAGUUUGGUAUCGAUCUUGCAACCUGUGAGGUCGAUACCAUCUCGUAUACCAGCGCCGGGCUCAUUAUUGACGUUUUCGAUCAGUUCCAAGAGCGGAGGCGCGCGGAGCCUGAUCUGCGAGAAAUGGAAUAUGUUAUCUACGACAGCUCUGUUUAUGUGGGGCGUUUGCUUCCUUUCUCCUUGCAGGAUAGGAUUGGUACAUCUGCCCAGGUGGAAUAUGAUGGCGACCAUUCAAAGCUGGUGCUCGACCUUAAUACAUGGGACUGGGUAGUCAGGGCGCGUGGGUUCAUGCUUGAAGCGAAUGAGAUUGAAGUCGAGGUUGACACAGCGGGUCUGGGGUGCCUGGGGACGUGCACAUCGACUAAAACAGCAGAGCUGUCAUAUGUAGAGCCGGGAUGCGAAACAGCCGGCAUUGUACGAAGGGUUGGCUCACAAGUCACCGAUCUGUCUCCAGGGGAUCGCGUUAUCGCUUGUCACCCUGGAGCACUUGCUACAUCAGUGAUUGUACCGAGCGAGAGCUGCAUUAAAAUUCCCGACGAUCUUUCUCUAGAGAAUGCCAGCGCACUUCCAUUGGCCUUUGCUAGUGCUAUCUACUCUUUGAUCGAUGUCGGGCAACUGAAUGACACGCAGACUAUCUUAAUUCAUUCGAUGCCUGAUGGCGUAGGGGAUGCAGCGAUUCAGAUCAGCAAGAUGCUAGGCGCCAAAGUAUAUGUUAAUGCCACUAACGAGGAGGAAGCGGAACGCCUGGGCAGGGUGUACGGAAUAUCACGCGAUAUGAUGUUUGAUGCGCACAGCAGUCUUUGGGCGCAGGCGGUCAAAUAUGCCACCGGAGGACGCGGGGUGGAUUUAGUCUUCGGCUCUCUGUCCAUGGACUCUCUCGCAGCGUCAUGCGAAUGUCUCGCCCCUUGUGGCAAGCUCAUCAAUCUUGCCGGGUUUGCAACUGAUGGUCACAAUCCAAUGCCAGCGGCUCUUUUUAAGCCGAAUAUCUCGUUUGUUACAACCAAUUUACUGGAGUAUAUGAGGUUGCAGCCUGUAGAGGGAAAACGGUUACUGGCCAGAGUUGUCGACCUCUACACUCAGAGACACAUUCACCCACUAUCACCUGUCAAGAUAUUCUCCCAAAGAGAUGCCGAAGACUGUUUGCGCCUCGUGAAAACUCAGCAGUAUGUUGGCAAGCUCGCUAUUUCCUUCACUCUUGCAGACGCCUUGCCAGCCACGAUUGCCUCAUCGAAGCCGGUAAUUUUCCGAAGUAACGCAUCGUAUCUGCUCGCUGGCGGCCUAGGCGGCCUUGGAAGUGGACUGGCACGCUGGAUGGUAGAGCACGGAGCACAACACCUGAUCUUUCUCUCCCGCAGCGCAGGUACGGAACAGCACGAAGAGCUGUUCAGUGAGCUCAAGAGUCAAGGGUGCUCCAUCACCGCCAUCCAAGGUAGUGUCUGCAAUCUCGACGAUAUCGACAAGGCCAUCGUCGCCGCACCCGCCCCGGUGCGAGGAAUCUUCAACAUCUCCAUGGUACUUAGCGAUGCAUCCCUCCUCACCAUGUCCCUAGCCGAAUGGGCGGCCGCAACAGCACCCAAGGUCACCGGCACGUGGAACCUGCACGAGGCAUCUCGCAAACAUGGGGCGCUCGACUUCUUCGUCCUGUUCAGUUCUAUGUGCGGUAUCGUCGGGAUGCCCGGGCAGGCGAACUACGCCGCUGCGAACUCUUUCAUGGACGCCUUCGUGCAGUACCGGCACCACCACCACCUGCCAGCGUCGGUCAUUGACAUCGGCGCGGUUGAAAACAUCGGCCACGUGGCCAACAACCCGCAGAUUCUGGACAGGUCAAAAUGGCUCGAAGGCGCGGUGAUGUCGCAGCGCGAGCUUUUCCAGGCCAUCACCCUCGCCAUCCUCUCCGGAAGCCCGCCAGGUCAAAACCGUUCCGCCGGGUCUUCUGAUCUACAGGAGCCCGUGUAUAACAACCCCGCACAGAUCAUUGCCGGAUUCCACAACACCGCCCACUUCAGCGAGGCCGUCCGCAACCGGGCGGCAUUUCUGGACCGUCGAUGGGCAACCUACUCAAACGAGGAGUCUACCGGGCAGAGCAGCGACAACACAUGCUCAGACGAGACGCAGCCUGGCGCGGCUUUGCAGCGUUUCGUGUCCACGCUGUCUCUUAACGACAGCAGACUCGAUGCGCCAUCGACGGUAGAAUUCUUGGCGAAAGAAAUAGCCAGGUGGAUCUUCGACCUCCUGCUCAAGCCUGUUCAGGACGAGUCCGAAAUUGAUCUAGUUCGCUCGUUGGUGGAUAUCGGAUUUGACAGUCUGGCUGCCGUGGAGCUUCGGUCCUGGUGGAAGGCGGCUUUGGGGCUGGAGAUCAGCGUGCUCGAGAUCAUGUCCUCGGCGAGUUUGGCUGCGCUGGGGGAGCAUGCGGUAAAGGGCUUGCAGGCAAAGUUUCAAUCUGCCGGCGGUGGUGAUUAGGUUUAGGACUCGCAGGAGGGGAAUUACGGCUGUAGUGGUAUUGCGA